AACGUAAAUAGGGUAGAUUACCAAAUCUAUAACUAUAAACAAUAAAAUCAGAUGUUGCUGAAUGAAUGAAGUUGAACAAUUUAAGGUAAUAGGAUAUAGGUUUCAUUUGUGGCAUCAACAGACUUACUGAAGACAUUGUGGAACUCAUAAUGUGGAAACAUUUUGACACAGUCCUUUAACUAGUAUAAUUUCACAAUACUUCUUACACCCCUGUUCGGUUUGUUUGUUGGUUUGUUUAAUACUUUUUACCACCAUGAUUAGCUCUCCAGACUUGGUGGCUUUCACUAAAGAAACAUAUUUCAGUGAAAUAGCCAAAGACCCCUCAGCACUUCCUGAGGAACUGUCUGUUCCCAUAUAUCCCUACACUGGGAACACCACCCCAUGGUCCACAAUGUCUGGUGCUAAUUUUAAGAAGGACUUUAUCCUUUUAUCAGAGUUUUCAGAGCAAGUUGGGCCGCAGCCUUUGCUUACAGUUCCUCCUGAAACCAAGGCUUGUGGAACGUUUGAUUUGAACCACUUCUCCCUUCGGAUCAUGUCAGUGGACUAUCAGACCUCGCUCACCAGCCUGGCAGUUUGCGGCUCUUUGAAACUGAACUUUGUAGAAGACUCAAAAGUAGUUUUAGGGGAUUCUGGAGAAGGAGUAUUUGCAUAUGUGCACCACCUUACGCUCUAUGACUUGGAGGCUCAAGGGUUUGUGCGACCUCUCUGCCUUGCCUAUGUGUCGUCUGAUGAGAAUAAAAUUAUACAGCAAUUUCAGCAGCUUUCCGCAGAGUUCUCCAAAGUCUCUGAAUGUCUAAAAACAGGGAACAGGAAGAACUUUGCAAAUGAACUGGAGAUAAAACUGAGAGAUUUGGAGUAUACCAGAGUCAUGUUAUUCAGAGAAAUAGAAAGAGAGUUAAAUAAUGUAUCUUUUUCAAGAAAGGCAGAAGUAGAGUGUGAAAAACGGAAUAGGUCAUGUAUUACACAUGAUAGAGAUGAACGAUUUGGAGAGCGAAGGAAGGGCAAGCAGGAUAAAGGAUCUUGCCCAAUGCCAUUGGCUAAUAAAGGUGAGGAACUGGCCUUUGUAGAAAAAUCCAUUCAGGAAUACAAAAGCCUUCUAAAACAGGUCUCCUACUACCCAACCAGGAAGCUUAGAGACUCUGAAUACUCUCCUUAUGAACCAGAUGACCUCCCUCAUUCUUUCGAGUUCGACCUGGAUGAUUUAAGGCAUGGUCAGCUUGCUGGGCCAAUGCUAGAAUAUAAUGUUUUUUCUUGCACAAACACACCCUCACAUUCUCUGCAGCUGAUUAACUCUACUUCAUCUUGCCGAUUUGACAAGCGUCUUAAAACUCUCGAGGAGUUGUGUGAUGACUACUUCCACCAUCAGGCGCUACAGCAACUGUACUCCAUUGAGAGGACAUUCAGAGGAGAUGCCUGCCAUCUCUACUCACAACAACUCUGCCGUAAUCAUCUUCGCAACCUCAAAUCUACCAAUUUCUUAUUUGAGGAUCCAUGUGACUUGGAAGAGGAAGCAGGAUUACAGAUUGGAAUAGCCAGUCAACAUUCAGUCCGACAACCCUCAUUUCUUCCUGCACCUUCAAUUCUAAGUGAAACUGCCAGUCUCGAGUCAUAUGUCUCCUGUGUUGAAAUGGUGCCAAUCAAACUAGAGUUGGGUGGACCUAGUCAAUUUCCAGUUGUACCCAGCUCUUUAAAUACCCCUUCCGAGGAUAACCUACGCCUUACAUCCGACACCUCCUUAGUAGAGACUGAAAUGGAAAAUGGGGGGGUUGUUUCAACUUCGGAUUGCCUAGAAAAUGUGGACUGUGUUUCAACUUUGAUGAAGACCAGUAUUAGUAGUGGAGAUAGUAUUGAGGUCUUAGGGACAGAGAAGUCCUUCAGAUCCCAGGGUUCAAAUAUCCCAUUGGAUACAGCACUGCAAAGACCUCCACCUUUGUCCACUACAGCUGCACUGGAGGGUCUAAGGCAAGGAAGGGUACCUACCAGACGGACUUGCAGUGAAGACAGCAUUGAGGUGCUUAGCACAACAGAAUCCAUCCUACCUGAAGAACUGCGUGCUUCAUACCCUUGUGCAAUUGAUGAGGAAAGCCCAGAUCAAGAGACUGCUGAGAAAGACAUGUCUCAAAACCAAGAGGACAAACAAGUUGAGUGUGUUUACGGUGUGGGAAACAAAGUCCCUAAAGAUCAUGGAGGGGCCUGUAUGGAGGAGCCACAAGAUUUUUAUCCUGCUGUCACCUUAACCCCACCUGAUUGUCCUAUGACUUUGACCUUGGGUGGGUCAAGCUCUCAAGAUACUUGUCAUGCAUCAGAAUUAAUUCCUCUCUCAUUGUUAGAUGAGCCCUGCCGGAUAGUAUCUGAUGAUUUCUCAGACUGCUUCAGCUAUCGGAGCACCACUGCUUCUACAACCUCCGAAUGCACUUUCUCUGCUUGUCUUCCCAGGAAUAAAAGACAAGGUGGGACCAGACGGAGACGGGGCAGAGUAGGACGAGCAGCGUUGCAAUUCUUGCGACAGUUUCCCUUUGCAGUCCAUGCAGUGUUCAGCCUUCUGAGUGGCCAAACAUUGGUAGUACUAGGCAGCGAGGAGGCUGCAGUGAGGCGACUGGUUACAGCACUGUCUGUGUACAUGCCACAUCUGAGUGGAUACAGAGACAGCAUUCAACCUUGGACGUCAACGCCACUGCAGCUUACUGACCUGCUGAACUGUAAACUUAUCGGCUUUAACAGGAUGUGCUGUUUGACUCGCACAAAUUUGCAUCACUGCCUGGGCCAUUAUUGCCGAUACCUCAGCAUCCUAGAUGUGGAUCAAAAGACACUGCACUGCCCUGCCUACAGCGGUACUCUUAUCAACCUGCUGGUGGAACCAAGGAGCCACUUUAAACGUGGAAACACCUACUUCAUGUUUGCUCAAAGUGUGCAAAGCAAGCUCGUCACCAGAUCAUUCCUUUUAACAUUUUCACAUGGUUGCCAUACACCUAGAAGGCCUCGGGAAAGUACAUGGACACAGUGUUUUCAUUCUGAAUUUCACAGAGAUGAUAAGAAAAUCCUCAACUAUUUAUCUGAACUCAUCAAAAUGCACUUCAUGGAGGUUCCACCCAAUCUCCUCAGAUUCAGCUACACCACAAACUCUGUUUUCAAACUCUGAAAGUGUCAUUUACAAAUGUACAUUUGCCAACAAUUUGUGUACUGUACCGUAGUUAUGCAUAGAUUUUAUUGCCUUCAAAUGAAAAUUUGCUUUUGCCCAGCAAUAACCGUAUAUUUACACUUUCUGCAUGCUUUGAUAUUUUGUUGACAAAGGAAGUUGAAGUGAAUAAUUACAGUAAUACUGUGGUCUAAUCUCGUGCAAAGAUUCCAGAGAAAUAUCAGUUUACAAUCUUAAAUGAUCUACAACAAAGCAAAAUUGAACCGCUUCAUAUCAGUGUUGCAUUUGAAACUUUGUCAUUUACAUUACGGCUGAUGUUCAAAGAAUUGUAUAUUGUUCUGUUGCUGAAUAUAACUGUAUUUAACAUCCUCCAGAUAUUGAUCAUAGUCCUGUAACUGCGCAUAAUGUUGCAAAAUGCUGGUAAAUUCCCAGACGAGGAAAACAAACGUCUGGACAAUAGGG